CUCUGUAAAAUUUUCCUAGGGCUUAAUUUCUGUAGGCUAUUAAAAUAGUUAGAAAAUGGAAGAAAACCCAUUCCCUGCUUUAAGAAUUAGUGAUUUUUCUAUUUUAAAUACUGCAAAUGGGAGAAGCGAAUGCUCUAAAUGUGGGAGAUCCAGAAAAUUCUACUGCUAUACUUGUUUUGUGCCAGUGCAAAGCUUGAUUAACCACAUUCCUAAAGUGAAACUACCAAUAAAGAUUGACAUUAUAAAGCAUCCAAGUGAAUGUGAUGGUAAAAGUACUUCACCUCAUGCAGCAGUAUUGGCUCCAGAUGAUGUCACAUUAUAUGAAUAUCCCUGUAUUCCUGAUUAUAAUCCACAGACAACUAUUCUAAUAUUUCCUGGACCGUCUGCAGUGUCGUUAAAUAGUUUGGUCUUAAAUAGAGACAUAGACUUGCCAGAAAUAUCUGUAGUAACUGAUAGUUGUGAUUCAAAGUUAGAGCCUAAUAUAGAUUCUGCAAAUGAUGGUAAAUCACAAACUGACAAAGACAAAUUCCCUGAGACUAUUAAUAGUGAGCAAAGUACUGAUGUAAAGUAUGAUGGCCAUAUUAAAUCCACUGAGAACUUGGUGAAAAUCGGCACUAAAAGAUGCCAUGAAAGUCAUGAAACAUCUGAAGGCCACAAAUCACAACUAGAAGAAAGUAGUGUAAAACAAUCUAGAUCACUUCAUACACCAAAAUUUGAUAAAGUCAUUUUCAUAGAUUCAACAUGGAAUCAAACAUCAACUAUAGCAAAUGAUGAAAGAUUAAAAGAUAUAACAAGAGUGGAGCUAAAAUCUCGGAAAACUAAGUUCUGGAGGAAUCAUGAUGGAAAUCCUGAAGAAUAUUUAUCCACUAUAGAAGCUUUGUAUUAUUUUGUGUGUGAUUAUCAUAACCUAUGUUUGUCCUCAGUGUAUGAUGGACAGUAUGAUAAUCUAUUGUUUUUCUUUUGUUUCAUGUAUGAUAAAAUACGCCAGUCAAAUCAUGGUGGAAACCAUCUUAAAGCUUAUAAAAAAAGACAGAAAACUAGUUGAUGGACCAUUUCUUUUUUCCUGUUACAAAAUUUGAAAUUUGGUUUUAAAAAAUACUAAAGUUAAAGUUAUUGGAGUGAAUAAAUUUUGGUUUUUAUUGAUA